UAUUAAAAUAAAAAUACACCUAAUUUUUAUUAUUUUUCUAAAAUUCUUGGCGUUAUUUACGUACUUGAAAUAAUGAAGCGUUUGGGGGAUAAAUGUAACUGUAAAGACAAAAUAUCAUCGCCCAUUACUAAAUACACGGAGUUAGAACCAGCUCUUUGCCAAGAGUUGCGCAAAAUCGUAGACGCGAUCGUAGUACCAGGAAAAGGAUUGCUAGCUUGUGACGAGUCUCCUUCAACUUUUCAAGAACGAUUCGACGAGAUCGGCGUGGAAAAUACCGAAAUUAAUCGUCGCGAUUAUCGGCAAAUGUUGUUCACCGCAGAUAAGUCUCAAUUUUCAAAAUACAUAAGUGCUGUUAUUCUGCAUCACGAGACAGUUUAUCAAAAAACAUCCGAUGACGUCGAAUUGAUCGAAUUGCUACGUCAGAGAGAUGUCGUACCCGGCAUUAAGGUCGAUAAGGGCCUGGUCCCAUUAUUUAGUUCGAAGGACGAGAAUACUACGGAAGGCUUGGACAAUUUGCAAGAGAGAUGCAUUCAAUAUAAACGCGAUGGCUGUCACUUCACCAAAUGGAGAUGCACAUUCACGAUCUCAGAGACCACGCCGAGUCAACUGGCCAUGGUUACGAAUGCGAACGUCCUUGCAAGAUAUGCCAGUAUAUGUCAGAGUGCACGAAUGGUACCUAUAAUAGAACCCGAAAUAUUAAACUGUACCCAUGGAAUAAAUAGAGCGUUAGAAGUUCACGAAGAAGUACUAUCUAUUUUGUUUCGUAUUUUACAAGAGCAUCGUAUCUACCUUGAAGGUAUGAUCCUAAAGGUAGCGAUGGUUCUGUCGGGAAUAAAAAAUUCUUCCAAUUGUUCACCGCAGAUUAUUGCCGAACAUACGUUAGCAGCUUUACAGAGGACAGUGCCGCCAGCAGUACCAGCGGUUAUAUUUCUAAGCGGAGGACAAUCGGAUGAAGAUGCUGUUUUAAAUUUAAACGCUAUUAACGCUUACGAAGGGAGAAAGCCUUGGCCUCUUACGUUUUGCUACGGACGUGCUUUACAAAAUGCAGCAUUGAAAACGUGGAAAGGAAAUCCAGAUAAAGUGCAAGAUGCUCAAGCAGCAUUUUUAGAAAGAGCGAAACUCUGCUCUCAAGCUUCGUUAGGAGAAUUAGAACCUGAAAACGGCGUGUGCACUAGGAAUUCUCGUUAAAAUUAUCGAUCAGUUAACAAAUAUCCAAUUAAAAGUUACGAAGUUAUAAUUAUACCUGUGUGGAAACGAAUAUCAGAAUUCUUUUCAAUAUUCAAUCUUCAGUUGCAUCAUGCAAAUUUCAAUUACAUGUGACUGCUUAUCAAUUCAAUCGAACGUCUUGAACGUCAGAUCAUGACUACGUCAUCAUGAAAUGACAUCUCAUGAAUACAUCUUAUCAAUGAACUGUAUCGCGUAAUGAUAAAGACGUUUCAACGAAAAGCAAUACGUUUCAUAAUGUGUGUGUGAGGGUACGUCAACCUUACAUCGAAAAAUUUCGUUAGUAAAUUCGACGAAUAUCACGAAAGGUGCCCUUGACUGACCUCUAAACCAGAGACUCUCAAUUGAAGGCUUCCGCGACGGUACGUGCGAGUUGAGUCGUAUAACGUUCGAGAAUUUGGUCCGUUAUUUAAGGGUCGAUACGUCGUCAUUUUCAUGAAUCCCCACCAAUUCCCAUGUCCCCCUUAUCCUUCUAGGCUUCAUGGACGGGAUCAUCAGCAUGUAUGCUUGGCAGUGUCGUAGC